AUGGCGCUCAUUCAGACCAGCCUCAUCUGGGUGGCCUACGCCAUCGCAGUAGGCAUCCUCUUCCUGAUCGCCUCGACUUUCGUCUACGUCUACCAGAAGCCAAGUGAACGCGCUGCUUCCGUCACCAUUGUCUGCAUCUUCACCACUCUCGCCUUGCUGGCCACGGUGUUGCUUAUCCCUGUCGACGUCGCACUCGUCUCAUCUACCUCGAGAUCAAGUCUAGGCCAAAAGAAGGACUGGGCCACCCCAGACAAGGUCGACAGCAUCGUCUACACGUUGCGCAUUGUCUACUACACGCUGUACUCCCUCGAUGCAGUCUUGUGUCUGCUCGUGAUUCCUUUUACCUACUUCUGGUACGAGGAAUACGACGAGGACGCGACCGAGCAUGGGGAGCAGACUGCAGGCCAGCGUAUCUGGGGCGCAGUCAAGUAUACACUUGCUUUCCUUGUCUUUGUAGUGGCCAUCUUCUUGGUAGGCUUCUUCGUUCCCUUUGCAAAGCAAGCCAAGGACGACAAGCGCCUGGAUCUCGACUACUUCAAGCACCUUCUUGCUGAGAAUCAUGGCGAGCGCGCUCUUUCUUUUGGUCUCGGUCUUCUCAUCACUGUCGGGACUCUCCUUUUUGUGCUCUACACGGGUGCUGGUAUGGCGCUCCUUCCUGUUGCCAUGAUCAAGUCUGCGCCUUCCAUGUCAGCCCCCACGCUAGCCGCCAAUACUGCCUCGCAGCUCGAGAACAACCGCGAGCGCCAGAGACAACUCGAGGGUCGCAAUGAGGGGCGUGAUGGUGGUCUCGAUGCUCGCGACAGACGUGAGCUUGAUGCCCUCGUCCGCGAAGAGCGCACGCUUAUUCGCCGCGAGCGUCUAGCUGCUGAGACCAGCGGAACGGAUCGUCACUGGAUCGUCAAAGCCUGGAUCAAGACUGAGGCUUUCUUCCGGCCCCUCAAACUAGUUGGUGGAUUGCUCCUCAUGGUCUUUGCCCUUGUCAUCUUCGCUAGCAUGCUCAUCACGGGUAUCGACAAGGCGAAGAACUCCAUCUGUGGCGCCCACUGCGGUUACAUUCUUGGCCACAUCAACAUCUUCCAGCCGCUGAACUAUAUUCUGGUCAAAUCUUCCAAAGUGUUCCCCAUCGAUUAUGUUCUGUUUCUCCUCCUGGUUCUCUUCUUCUUUUCAGCGUCUGUCGUCGGUAUCGCGACGGCUGGAAUUCGUUUCUUGUGGAUCACCAUCUUCAAGAUCCGCAAGGGUCAGACCUCUCCUCAAGCGUUGCUUAUGGCCACCGUCCUGCUCACGCUCAUCACGUUGGCCAUCAACUACUCAGUCGCCAUGGUUGUCGCUCCUCAAUACGCCACAUGGGGACCUCAGACCUACUGUGACAUGGACAUUAAUGGCGAGGGUGAGCAGCCCGACUGCUCAGAACACAAAGACCUAAUCAAGCCGUGCUCUGAACUGGCGACCAAUCCUUCUGCCCAAACUGUCUGCACACCUUCCGUUCUCAGCACGUUCAUCAAUCGCGUCACCAUCAACUUCCCCUUCUUUGGUGUUGUGCUCUUCUGGGCACAGUUCGCCUUCCUUGGCGUGUACCUCAUUGUCUUCCUCACCACGCUAUUCAAGGCACCCUCUCUAGACCAAGAGCAGGUCGAUCGUGAUCUCGAGGAGGAAGAGGAGGAAGGACUGCUCGCAAGCACGGGCCGCAGGUUCGGCGCUGCUUGGAGCGAUGUCACAGGCAACGCGAGGAAGCCCGCUACAUAUGGUACUACCGAAAGGAAUGGUGAGAGGUCGUUGUGA